AUGGCUAUCUCGAACUUUGUUUCGCACCUCCCCUUUAGGGCUCGAAAACCUGUUGGUUCAUCUGACGAAGAGCCCUCUCACGCGGAGAAGCAACAUCAUGCCGGCUAUACCUCCGACGCUCCAGUUCCAAGGCUGACAUUCCAUUCUUUCAUAAUGGGUUUCGUUUUUGGUUACGAUACCGGACAAAUCAGUGGCUUUUUAGGGAUGAAAGUAUUUCAAGAAGAAUUUGGUCAAAGAGAUUCGGAUGGUGUCGGAUACCACUUCAGCAAUGUUCGCUCUGGGCUCAUUGUUGGCCUGUUAUCCAUUGGCACCUUGAUGGGAGCUUUGAUUGCUGGCCCUGUUGCAGACAGAAUUGGACGGAAGUGGUCUAUUUCUGCUUGGUGUAUUAUGCUUCACAUUGGAUUGAUCGUCCAGAUCUCCGCGCCGGCGCCAAAGUGGUACCAGAUCGUCGUCGGAAGGUGGAUUGCAGGUCUUGGUGUCGGUGCCCUUUCACUUUUGGUACCUAUGUAUCAGAGUGAGAGUGCCCCUCGCCAGAUCAGGGGUGCCCUAAUCAGUACUUACCAACUCUUCAUCACUCUCGGCAUAUUCGUCGCAAACUGCAUUAACUUCGGUACGGAAAAGCGUACAAACACGGGAUCUUGGCGUAUCCCUCUCGGAAUAUCUUUCCUCUGGGUCCUGAUCCUUGGUUUUGGAAUCAUGUUCUUCCCUGAGAGCCCUCGUUAUGACUACCGACACGGCAAGAUCGAGCAGGCGAAGGCCACCAUGGUCAAGCUUUAUGGGGUAUCCCCGGAUCACAGGGUCAUAGCAGAAGAGCUUGCUGAAAUCAAAGCAAAACAUGACGAGGAUAUGCUCCACCAGGACCAAAAGUGGUUUGAAAUCUUUGUUGCACCGAGAAUGGCUUAUCGAAUCGCUCUUGGUAUUACGCUCCAAGCUUUGCAACAACUUACUGGUGCCAAUUACUUCUUUUAUUACGGGACAGUCAUAUUCAAGAGCACAGGAAUUGACAAUUCUUACGUUACGCAAAUGAUCCUGGGAGGUGUCAAUUUUGGAACCACUUUCGCGGGUCUGUACGUUGUGGAACAUUUCGGCCGCCGAAAGUCCCUCGUCUUUGGUGCUGCAUGGAUGUUUGUAUGCUUCAUGGUUUUCGCAUCUGUUGGACACUUCUCACUCGAUAGAGUGGUACCUGAGAACACGCCACAUGCAGGCAAGGCAAUGAUUGUUUUCGCCUGUCUGUUCAUCACUGGGUUCGCCAUGACGUGGGGACCAAUUGUCUGGACUAUCUGCGCCGAAUUGUAUCCAUCCCGCUACAGAUCCACAGCUAUGGCAAUGUCUACAGCUUCCAACUGGCUUUGGAAUUUCCUCUUGGCCUUCUUCACGCCUUUCAUCGUAGGCGAUAUCGACUUCCGCUAUGGUUAUAUCUUCGCCGGGUGCUUGUUCCUUGCUGCUGCUGUGGUCUACCUGUUCGUAAUCGAAGGAAAGGGUCGAACUUUGGAGGAGAUUGACACGAUGUACCUUCUCCACAUCGACCCACGCAAGAGCGCUGAUUGGGUAGCUCCUCCACCAGAUCAAUUAGUCACUACCGAGAAAUUGGUCAGGGGUGAGGUUGCCGGCACAGGAGUGGAUCUUGAACAGAGCAUCAGCGCAAGGGCGAGAGCAAAGGAGACUGCCGCACCUUCCCCCUCCGCCGCUCAUGAUGAGUAA